CAGCCGGAGUCUUCCUUUAACAAGAUGGCGGCGGGAAGCAGCGGCGGCAGCGGCAAGCUCCGCUCGAAAAGCGAGGCCGAUUCCGGCUUCCUGGGGCUGCGGCCCACCUCGGUGGACCCGGCGCUGAGGCGGCGGCGGCGAGGCCCCAGAAACAAGAAGCGGGGCUGGCGGCGGCUCGCUCAGGAGCCGCUGGGGCUGGAAAUCGACCAGUUCCUAGAGGACGUGCGGCUGCAGGAGCGCACGAGCGGUGGCUUGGUGUCGGAGGCCCCCGAUGAUAAACUCUUCUUCGUGGAUACUGGCCCCAAGGACAGAGAGCGGGGCAGGAAGAGCACCAAAGGCCAGAAGAGGCCACUGCUCCUCAAGAAACCCCUGCGGGUGGACCUGGUGUUAGAGAACACGUCCAAGAUCCCUGCCCCCAAAGACGUCCUCGCCCACCAGGUCCCCAACGCCAAGAAGCUCAGGCGGAAGGAGCAGCUAUGGGAGAGGCUGGCCAAGCAGGGCGAGCUGCCCCGGGAGGUGCGCAGGGCGCAGGCCCGGCUCCGCUGCCCUCCUGCGGCCAAAGCCAGGCCCGGGCCCCCGGACACCGCGGAGCGGCCCUUCUACGACCUCUGGGCCACAGACAACCCUCUGGAGCGGCCGCUGGCCGGCCAGGACCCCUUCUUCCUGGAGCAGACCAAGAAGAAGGGCGUGAAGCGGCCGCCGCGUCUCCACACCAAGCCGUCCCAGGUGCCCGCUGUGGAGGUGACACCCUCCGGAGCCUCCUACAACCCGUCCUUUGAGGACCACCAGACACUGCUCUGGGAAGCCCACGAGGUGGAGCUGCAGCGGCAGAGGGAGGCGGAGAAGCUGGAGCGGCAGCUGGCCCUGCCCCCCGCCGAGCAGGCCGCCACCCGGGAGUCUGUGUUCGAGGAGAUGUGCCAGGGGCUGCUGGAGGAGUCGGACGGGGAGGGGGAGCCAGGCGAGGGCCAGGACCAGGCGCCCGAGGGGGCUGGAGACCAGGCCAGAGAGGACGAGCUCGGAGGAGCCGAGGCCACCACACCUGCCCGCCUGGCCGCCGCGGAGAAGAAGACGGAGCAGCAGCGUCGGCGGGAAAAGGCCGCCCGGAAGCUGCGGGUACAGCAGGCCGCGGUGCGGGCCGCCCGGCUGCGGCACCAGGAGCUCUUCAGGCUGCGCGGGAUCAAGGCCCAGGUGGCACAGCGGCUGGCGGAGCUGGCGCGGCGGCGGGAACGGCGGCGGGCACAGCGGCUGGCCGAGGCCGACAAGCCCCGCAGGCUGGGGCGGCUCAAGUACCAGGCCCCCGACAUUGACGUGCAGCUCAGCUCGGAGCUGGCCGACUCGCUCCGGACCCUGAAGCCCGAGGGCAACAUCCUCCGUGACCGGUUCAAGAGCUUCCAGAAGAGAAACAUGAUCGAGCCCCGGGAGAGAGCCAAGUUCAAGCGCAAGUACAAGGUGAAGCUCGUGGAGAAGCGGGCGUUCCGGGAGAUCCAGUUGUAGCUGAUGGUGGAUGCGGAGCCUCAUCCUUCAAUAAAGCACCUUCAGACCAACA